CGCUGAGAAAACAAACUCCUGCUGCCUCUGCACCAGCUGUGACUCCUGCUUUCUGCGGCUCCGGAAACACACAUUGAGAGAGUGAAUCCAGCGGUUGUGAACAUGUCAUGGCGACGCUGAGCCACAGGAUCCCCUCUGUUAUCAGGUGUGAGGAGGCACGAGAGAAGAAGAAGGAGAAGGAGGAGAAGAAGAGUCUGAGGAAACAUGUCUGAGCUGAGCGACGAGGCCAGUGAGUCCGAGCAGCUGGGGGUCAGCCUCUCCCUGUGGCUGGGAGAGUCCCUGGUGCGACCCGAGGAGCUGGACGUGCCCCUGGACCUCCACACCGCCUGCUCCAUCGGCCAGUACGACGUGGUGGCAGAGGGCAUCAAGAAACGUGAGGUGAAUCUGGACGGCAAGAACAUUGGAGGAUGGACGCCGCUCAUGUAUGCAGCGUACAUCGGACACGACAACAUCGCAAAUCUCCUGCUGGAGGCGGGAGUGAACGUCAACGCCACCACGGACAAAGGUCUAACCCCACUGAUGCUGGCAGCCAGCUGUGGCAAUGAAAGCAUCGCCUACUUCCUGCUUCAGCAUGGUGCGCAGUUGGAGCUGAGGGACUCUCUGGGCUGGACGGCUCUGUUACAUUGCACGAGCACCGGCCACCAGCAGAUGGUCAAGUUCCUGCUGGACAACAAUGCCGACGCCAAUGUCAAGGAGCCAGGGUCUGGUUUCACUCCCCUGAUGGAGGCUGCUGCUUCUGGACAUGAAAUCAUACUUCAGUACCUGCUUGAUCACAAAGUUAAAGUAGAUGACCGCAACGCUAAGGGAGAGACUGCCCGUGCCCUAGCCAUGAUGUACGGCUACACCAAGAUCGUCAGCCUCAUUGACUCACGUUCUCCCAGAAGCAAACCAGGACACUUUGAAGACCUGAGCUCCUCUGAAGACUCGGACAGUGCACCCCCGAGGAUAAGGCCCAGUCGAAACCGAGCUAAAGGCAUUAGCAUCCACGAUGGGCCCCAGGCCAUCGCCAAGUUUCGAGUAGGAGGCCCCAGCAAACCGUGUGAGCCUCCUGCUGUUCCACCAGGCUACGUGACCUUCCGUGAUAUUGGUGAACAGACUGAGGGCCUCUGCUACCGGGACGUUACCUCGCCUAUCAAUGAGCUGGAUGGCCAGAGCAACAGCAGCAGAGAUGAUAGUCCAUUCUUUGACAAUGACAUGCCCACCAUGAGGAGCAGCAGUAGCAGCAGCGAAGGCCUGCCCCACGUGAUCGGCCUGAAGUGGGAAGGCUCUGUGGAAAGCAACGAGGACUCCGACCAGUGCAAAAAGAGCAGCUCGCGUCGGGUAAAUAAGGGAUACCACUCAAAAGGCAAGAGACAUGGAAUCAGCGAGGCAGCUCAGUCCAGUGCUGCAGGGAACUGUGGGAUCCGCCCUCAUGUUGUCCCUCCACCUUCCUACUCCGGCCCAAAGGAUCUGGCAGAAUUUUUGGAGCAAAUCGGCUUCUCAAAGUAUCUACCGUUACUUGUGGAGCAAGACAUUGAUCUGAGGAUAUUUCUCACCCUAACUGAAAACGAUCUCAAAGAAAUAGGAAUCACAUUGUUUGGACCCAAGCGUAAGAUGACCUCGGGUAUUGCAAGGUGGCACAGCAGCGCUCGACCCCCCAGUGAUGCUCUGGAACAGGCUUACGCCGACCAACUUGAGGCUGAGAUGCAAGAGAUGGCAAUUCAACUACACAAGCACUGCGAGGAGGCCGAGAGCCUGCAGAGCCAGGUGUCUCAGGAGAAGGAGCUGCGCACUGUGAUGGAGGGAUGCCUGAUGGAGGACAAGAUGGCCUGGAGGAGGGUCCAUACUGAGCUGGUGGAGAAUCACCGGCUGACUCAGGACAUGAGCGCCACACUAGCGAAGGCUAGGACCUGCUGUGCUGACCUGCUCUCCUGCUUUACCACUGAUGGCAAUGGCAGCGCUUAUACUGGUGUGGAAGAUAAAGCAAAGGAUGAUGUCAGUGUUAAAGCCGCGGACAGCCUGAAAUGCUCCAGUGUUGUCGAGCUAAUCAAGAAGCUGGAUUCCUAUGAAGAUCAGCUCGAAGGGACCCUGAAAACAGUGCAGCAGAGCCUGAGGCGACUGAGUGCCCCUGAAAAAGUGUCCGACAGCUGGGAGCGGCCUUAACAUGUCCAGGGAUCUCUGACAUUAUUCGACGGAGGGUGAUCUCACCACCACCCUGUACAAGCGCACUGCAAUGGGAGAAGGCCAAAGAUGAGGACAGCCCCCCCCAACCCCCCAUACCCAUGGGCUUGACACAGCAGACCUGCCGCCGUCUGUUUAAGGCUGAUAGACCCGAGCACGACGGAUGUGGACAAGGCCACGGUUAACUGCAGCUGCUGCAGGGAAAUGACAGGCAGGCAGGGCACCUGACCCCGCUAGUUGCGUUGUGAAAAUGCACAGAGAGGAGGAGGAGGAGCUGAUCAUGGAUCAGUGGCUGAAAUACUGUGAAACAUUUCUCUCUCCUGAAUAUGAAAUGUGGUUUGAAUAUGCCACCAGGGGAAGAGGUACAUUUCUUAAAAGUAGAGAAGUCAGUUCAGUUCGAAUAAGUUCUGCAGUGAAACUUCGUGAUUGGAAUGAAAUCUUCUCAUUUGUAUGCUGUUUGAAUAUAAUGUCCUGCUGAAUGCAUUUCAAGGAGCUGGAGAUAAAGACGUUAAAGUUACAGCAAUUUAGACACUUUUCAAUCCAUGUGUGGUCUAGGGUUAGGUAUCGUAGUAUUUGAAUGAAUCCAGUUCGGGUCCUUAAUGAUUCUCGAUUCCAAUUCAUUAAAGGAUGGGGUCAAAACAUUUUACGUGAUGCUUUAACAGAAACCGUUUUUAAAAACCUUUGCACAAGUCACCUUCUCAACUGACUUCAGUGCAGGGAACCUGGAAAUGAAUUUCAAACAGUUUCUGUUAUUAGGGCUCGGAGCACUGACAGUGGGAGGAUCCUAUUGUUUUUGCUUAGAUUAUUAAAUGAUAUGAUUCAAUCUUUUUUUAAAUUUUUUUCCAGCAAGCAACAGUCCAUUCAUUUCCACUUUACAGAGAGCAGUGUGUGGGUGUUUAUGAGAGAGGAGGAGGAACGUCUGUGAGUGGUGCUUGCAAUUGGACCAAAUAAGGUUAAGACAAAUGUUACUUAAUUUUCACUUACCUGAUUGCAACAAGGUCCUGGCUGUUGACUGAGGAGGAUGACUGGGUUUGUGAGGGAGAGGGAGACUGGUGUGUGGUCAUGUUAGUUGCACAAAAUAAGUUGGCACUGUGCAGACCCCCUCGUCUUUUGAACACUUCCUGGGUCCAUCAUGAUGCUCAUGGGCGGCUUAUCCCAGAGUUUUGUACUUGCCUGUAAGUUAUCUUCAAAUAGUUCUGCUUAGGGCAGAAUUGUCCAGUCCAGAGAGAGCGCCAGGGCCAGUGUAGCUUGGGAGAUGCAGUGAUGCUUUCAGGAACCGAUAAGCAGAAUCAGAACUUACAUUUCUUAAUGAUUCCAUUUGAAUUGGAAAUCUAGAAUCGCUUUUUCGAUGCCCACCCUACUGUGGACAGUUAGGAGUCAAAUAACCCCGGAGCUGAGACUUUUAUCUGUGCAAAAUACAAGUUUUAAUUCUUUUUCAAAGCACAAAUAAUAGAGCAGUUUCAGAUUUCACUCAGUGAUGCUGUCAAGUAGUUCAUCUUGUGGAUUCAUUGUGUCUUCUAUAGCAAGACCCUGUUUUACCCUGAACUCCGUCAAAGUCUUUUCAAUGCUGGAUAUCCGUGGAUGUAUUUAAACUCAAAUAAAUCCCAGUUUCCUUACAGUAAA